CCGAUUCGUCGGAUAUUUUUGUGGGGGCUGGUUUUCUUUCGCAGGUUUUAUUUACGAAAACAGAAUCACCAAAAUCAAAAAAGUGAAGCACAGCUUGUAUAAUUAAAAUUAAUUAAGGAAAUAGUUUACUUUCUUAGUUUAAAUACCAUCAGAACAAAAAAGUAUAACUUUAUGCAAUGAACAAGCGACCAGCCUUUUUCGUAGACGAAGCCUAUAACGAUGAUAAUCUGGAACUGCCGCACGCAGACUUUUCUGCCUACUGUCGAUUGUGCUUCUCGAUCUCCCAGCUGGAGCCGCUGUUCGCAAGCCGGCAGGACCAGGACAACUACCGGGUGGUUGGCAUAGUGGAGAUGUGCACCGGAAUCAAAUUAAGCCCCAAAACGGACAACCCGGCCUCGAUUUGCCUCCAGUGUCGGCUCACGAUGGACGAGUUCUUUAGCUUCCGGAAGCUGUGCCAGCGUCUGGAUCGAGUGUACCGACGUAAAAAGUUCGAAUCGGCAGCCGCAGCUAAGUACACAGCGGCUGUGGAAUACAAUCAAAAUGGGGUUGCUGAGCCGGCCGCUGUUUUGGAACCAAUGGUUAUGAUACCAAAUGCUCCAGCACCACCAGAUGUGCAACUUGAAACCACCUCCAGUGAUACUAUACCGAUGGAAUUGCCGGAUGAAACGUGUGCCACAAUAGUUGCUGCUGAACCUUCAGCACUUGAAGCUUCUGCUGUCGCGGAAGGCGCUGCUCCAGAAUCCUUUAUCGUCCACGAACUAUCUGACGAGGAAGAUCGCGCUGCGAACAGCACCGAAGUAACCGCUAUGGAAACUAUGGUUGCGUUCGACCUGAGCGAGGAGAACGAUGAUCCAUUCAUUAAGAUGGCUAACGAUUGGUACUGCUGCAAGAUGUGCUCCCGCCUGUAUCAAUCGUUCAUCCUAUUGGUGGACCACCUUCGGGACAUACAUCCAGAAAAAGCGCAAAUAUUGCGCGACAAAUCAAAAGAAUAUCUCUUCAGAGCGAAAGAAAGCGACCUGCAAGCGCUGAAACAUGAAAAGAGCAUCCUUUUCAAGUGUGACUUGUGCGAUACGCUGUUAAGCAACAGGCAUUGCGUCAUGCGGCACCGUUGGCGGUAUCACGGCGCCUUCGACGAUUGUCGUAAAAUCACCUGUAGGGUCGCUUCCUGUGAGUGCUUCUUUAUGGAGACGAAAGCUCUGAAUCGCCAUCUGGAGAUUGUUCACAAACGGUUUAGUAAGACAAAAAAUAAACCUGCCACAACCGGAACCGACAGCACCGUUGUCGUCGAAGAUAUCGAAGAGGACGAUGAUGUGGUGGUUGUUACGGAUGAAGCCACCCAACAGGAGUACCACGGUGAGAAUGUUGUGCAAAUCGAUGAUUACUAAAGAUUUGGUUGAAGUUACUAAGACGCUUAGUUACUUUAAGCAACUAUGCUGUAUAGCAGAGUUUUAAAUUCAAUUAACCCGUUUUACAAUUUUAUUGCUUUUGAAUUUGGUCAUAAACUAUUCUUAUAUUUAAAACUUACAUCUCAACUGAUGUAUCGAUGUACAAGAAUGUAUUUCCUUAUAUUAAUCAAUUAUGUGGUUUCAAAAGCUAUGUUUAGGGUAUUGUAUUUGUACAUUUUGUUAUAAGUCCCAUAUACAUAUUUCUAUGCUCUUUACACCCGAGAAAAGGGUAGAGAGAUAUUAGACACCUUCAACAUUGGUGUUAGAUCGUAUCGCUGGUCCCCCGGAUUGCCUCUAUGUCCAUAUGGUAUUGAAGCAAGAUUGUUCCAUAUCCAGGUAGAGUAUAAACUAACGAGCACAAUGCAAAGUUAAUAAAAAAAAGCCUUAAAGGCAAAA